AUGAAGCGUCACAAGAGUAUUAUCAUUGAGAACACCUACAAUGGCGGAAUCAAGCCUGGUGAUGUUGUUCGAAUUAAAGGUAUGGCAGUGGACUUCGAUAAUGGAACAACUCUUAAGAUCAACUAUAAAUACCAAGCCAACUUAUUUUCCAGAGAACUUAAUGAAGAUCAAGAGAUCGGCGAAUUUGUUGUUUCAGACAACAUGACUACACCUCCAUUUGAGUUUUCAAUUUCAGUGCCAGAGCGUGUUACAAGUCAGACAUUUAAUGUUUGGGCAACCCAAGGCUCAGAAAUUGUUGCCCAAUUUGAUAAUGGAUACAAUGUCUUGAAUAUGCGUCCUGAAUUAAUUGUUCUUCGCGCUAUAAAUGAUCAAUACCCAGAAGAUGGUUUCAUUGACAUUGAUUUUUUGAUCAGUGAUGACACUAAAGCAAGAAUUUUAUAUAGAUUUGAUGAUCAAAAUGAUAAAUAUUUGACAGACUUCUAUGAAUGUAAUCACUCACGAAAAUAUGUUAAUUUUACACAGAUCAGCCUUAAUGCAAGCAAGUUAUCGGUUGGAAAACAUACUUUAUAUCUUUUUGCAAAAGAUGAACUUGGGUCAGAAUCAUUAUUGAAUCAAUAUAGCUUCUCAAUUGCUCAAGAUCAUGCACCCAUCAUGGAGAUUCUAGAGACUACCAAGCUUGAUAACUAUACAUCAUAUGACCUCAUCACACUGCAUGGAAGGGUCAAAGAUGAAUCUGUUGGAAAGAAGAUUGUAGUUAAGUAUCAGCUCAAUGGCGAAGGCUACAAGGAAAUUUACAGCACAAUUUCCACAAGUGACUGGCAAUACUUCAAUUAUUCCUUCACGGCACCUAAAUCAGAUGGACUUUACAUAGCUACAUUCCAAGCUGAAAAUUACAAAUUUUAUGGUUCAACGAUAUAUCAGCAAGAACUUCAAACAACAACAAAAGUUCAAACUAGAUAUCUUCCAGCACUCCAACCAAUCAACACAGACAGUCGUACCGGUACUGGAAUUGGAAUUUCUCCUAUUAAAUACGUUCCAUCUGACUACACAUUGGAGAAAUUCAUUGAAAAACAGUUCUUAUACACAAAUCAAAGGUAUAAUAUUGUGUUCUGGGUAAGAGAAGGAACAACAUUCUACAUUGAUAUCUCAACAAUUCCUUCUGGCGUCGGAUUAGUUGACUAUAUCAGAAAUUUGGUUCCGGACUUCAAUGGAGGAAAUGUUACUUUUACGCUUUUGGAUGAUAACAAUAGCACAGUUGCCAAGUUCAUUCAACCUAUUGUCUACAAUCAAGCACCAACAUUCAAACUUUUGAAUGAAUUUCCGAAAAAAGUCUACGGACACGCGUUCAUAAGUUUGGAUAUCAACAUCUUUGAUGACACUAAAGCUAAGAUGAUUUUCAAGAUCGAUGAUGGUGAAUACAUGAAUCUGAGUAGAUAUUACGCACUUUAUAAUAAUUCGCAGUACAUGCACUCACAGAUUGAGAUCAAACCGAACACUCUUUCACUGACAGGCCAUAAUAUUAUAUUAGCAGCUAUUGAUGAAUACGGCGUUAUGUCGAAUGUGAGUGAAUAUAGUUUCCUCUACUACAAUAUGAACACUCCAACCAUUGAAGAGAUCACAAUUACAUUUCCAACUGUCAAUGGCACAGGUAGUAUUAGUGGCGGUAAUAAUGGAGGAUCUGAUACUGGAAGUUCAGGUAGUUCCGGAUCAGGUAGUGGCUCAGAUUCAGGAUCUGGAUCUGGCUCAGGAAGUGGAAGUGGUUCAGGUUCCGGAUCAGGAAGUGGAAGUGGUUCAGGAUCUGGCUCAGAAAGUGGCUCAGAUUCAGGAUCUGGCUCAGGAAGUGGCUCAGAUUCAGGAUCUGGCUCAGGAAAUGGUUCGGAUUCAGGAUCUGGAUCUGGCUCAGGAAGUGGCUCAGAUUCAGGAUCUGGCUCAGGAAAUGGUUCGGAUUCAGGAUCUGGAUCUGGCUCAGGAAGUGGAAGUGGUUCAGGAACUGGAUCAGGAAGCGGAGGUUCAAAUGAUCAAGAAAUUCCGACAAUUGCACCGGGUUCCAAUAUCACAAUAAAUGGUCAUUUUAAUGAUCAAGAUUAUGAUGAAAAUACCACAGUAUCUGUGAAGAAGAAUUCUGAUCCAUUUGUUGAUGUUCAUGAAUGUCCAGUCAGUGAGCGUCCAGAGUGUUUCUCAUUCGAUUUCAAUUUCUCAGUUGGCGACAAAUGUGGUGAAAAUGUCAUUAUUGUUCAAAUCCGUGAUAAUCGAGGUGCUACUUCAAGAGAAUUUACAUUCCGAUAUAAUAUUGACUGCGGCGAUGAUGGCAAUGAAAAUGAAAAUGGUAGUGGAUCAGGAAAUGGAAGUGGUAGCAUUCCAAGGAUAUCUCCCAUUCGUUCACCUGUGCCUCCAUAUCCUAUUCCAACAAUGUUACCAUCAGAUUAUACAGGAAGAUACACAACAACAUAUAUCAAUACAUAUUUACCGACUGAGACAUUUGACGAAAAUGGCUACUCAUAUAUUAUCUACUACAUGACAACAACCGAGUACAAUAUCACAUUAAUUGAUACACCAAACGAGAGUGUAGCUAUUGGUUUCUUGCAGACACCAUUUGGAAAAUAUGCUUUAUGGCCAAUCAUUGCAAUCGUUACUAUAGGAAUCACUGCUGGUGUUAUCAUUUUGAUAAUUCAUCUAAAGAAGAAGCAAGAAAAGUCAGAGAGCGAAACAGAAAACAUUGAAAUGGAAGCAGAAACUGUUCAAAUUUUCACCACUACUAAUGGUGAGAGCACAAAUGAUAAUCCUCUCUUCACUGUCACGAAGGAAGAAGACGACUUAUUCAAAGCAGACUUUGAAGACAGUGAAGACAAAUUUGUCAAUGAUGAAAAUAUUACGCAACGUGAUAAUAAUGAUAUCGGAGAUAAUGAAGAUGAUGAUGAAGUUGUUGAACUAGAGAUCUUAUGA